AAUAUAUAUAUCGCAGUAGAUAAUCCUCUUUCUUUUUCUCUUUAUUAUCAUGGCUAAUUCACAAGUUCUUUCUCUUUAUCGUGACUUUAUUCGACACGGCAAGAAGUUCGCUGCUUACAACUUUAGAGACUAUACCAUUCGUCGUUCAAGAGAUGCAUUCCGUGCCAAUAUGAAUGAAACUUCACCUGAAAAGAUUGCAGCCUUUAUUGCCAAAGCUCAAGAAGAAUUAGCUGUUGUCAAACGCCAAGCUGCAAUUAGUCAAAUGUACACCAAGGGAGAGCAUUUGGUUGUUGAAGUACCCCUCCCGAGGUAAAGUCAAUUUUAAGGUACAAAGUUGGAGUGGUAAGGGAUAA